AGACGGCGCUGUGACUGGACUCAGACUCAUUUUAGACCCAAAAGAGCUCAUAGCUCAGAGUGAAUGGAAACAAACUCGUUACAACAACACAUGUAUCUAUGAGAUAUUGAUGUUUAAAAAUGUACCGAGGUCCGUCGAACCCCGACUAUCACCGGGCACCGGUACCUCCAUCACGUUUCGGACACCCUAUAGCACCUUUCGGACCUCCGCCGUUCUGUCCUCCUUUUGGGGUUCCUCCUCCGGGGCCUCGAUACUGCAGUCCGCAGCCUAUUCCCCCUCCGGGACGCCCGUACGGACCAGGCAAUGAAAACUACAACAGAGAUUCAUUCUACGAGAACCGACCCUUUGGUGGUCUCACUACUGACCAGAGCGGUUCCACGAUGAUCACACCAUCAAAUCAGCUUUUGCUUGGUCAGUCCACACAAAACUGGUCAACUAAAAGUCUGGAUGAGCAAAACCAAGAAGUCAGAAAAAAGGCAGAGGAGUUUCUCCGAAUCCUGGGGGCAAGUGACCGUAUUGAGCCAGCAGGAGAUAAAAAUGACAGCACGGAUCGUACAGCAGACAAACACUCGAGUCGAGCACGCAGUCGGAGCAGAGGAAGGAGCCGCGCUCGCAGUCGCAGCAGGAGUCGUGGCAAGAGCCGGGGCCGCAGUCGAGCUAGGAGCCGCGGAAAGAGUCGAGCUCGCAGCAGAUCACGCAGUCGCAGUCGAGGUAAAAGCCGCACAAGGGCCAAAAGUCGAGCCAGGAGCCGCAGCCGUAGCCGCAGCCGCAGUCACGGGAAGAGCAGCACACACAGCAAGAGUCAGCCUCGCCUGAGCCCCAGCCACACCAAACAGACUCACAGAGGAACAGCAGAGGGCAACCACAGCUCCAGCAGCACCAGCGGUGGAGGCACUCAAAGCUCUAACACCAUGCCUGAUCUCUUUCAAGGACUAAGACAGAUCCUUCAGAACAAAGAGCUGGAGAAACACCUGCCUUUGGUCAAGAACGCCCUCCUUAGAAGCCAGAUGCAUGAUGAAACCAUAUAUACAGAAAAUCAAUCUGCACUGAGAACCUUCCAGGACCCUGAGCCGAGGUUUGAAACCGAACCCUCUGCUGGACUGUAUUACGGCUCUUCGUUUCCUCAGGAGACGACGGGUGUAGACAGCAGCAGCAGCUUUUCCAAUUUCUUAUCCUGGAACCCCGCUAACCUACCUUCAGAGGCCAAGCCUGCAAUUCAGAGUGUUGAAGAUGAAGAGAAGUUCCUUUAUGGAGAGGAAGAGGAGAGAUCCAAACCUCAGGGUGUGACGGUUCCUCUGGCCCAGACUAGAUCUGUGAGAUCUCCGCUUCAUCACCUCAAUAAAGAGCACCAGUCCCACAGUCUCCAGGAGCCCACAGCACACGCUCUACCUGCAAGCAUGACACCCGCAGCUUCCAGCACAUCAAAAGUCACCCCGGAGGAAUGUGAGAAGGUGAAAAACCUGCUGAAGACCAUCGGCCUCAAUCCAGGCAUGGCCGAUAUCUGUAAAAUGGCUGCCAGAUUAAAGGAGAAAAAGGAAGAACAUGGAGCAAAUCCUUCACUUUCAAUGCUCAAACCAGCUCUGGAGGCUCUGCAAGCUCUGUCUAGAGCAUCCAAAACUGACGACAGUAGAAGUAAUCGCUCUGGAAGCAGCCAUUCUAAUCUAGAGGCCAAGCGAGACAAGAAGAAGGAUGAGAAGGAGCGUGAGAGACGAGAGAAUCAGAUCCACAAGAAAAGGAAGGAGUAUCUGGUGAAGGAACUGGAGGGUCUGCUGAAGCAGGAAGGCAGCGGUGAUCUGAUCCCAGUGAUGGGCUUCUUCUGCCAGCGCUGUGAGGAGUUUUUCGGGGACAUGCAUAGUGCCGAGAAACAUUUAGCAAACCACAGUCGCCACGACAGGAGCAAGACAACAGAGCAGCACAAGGACUCCAAAAGACACGUAGAGUAUCAUCACCCGUCCUCUAGCAAAUGGGACAGUCCGCCCUCGUCUUCACGCUUCCAUCAGGACCACAGAGAGCGCAGUCCUGACAGAAAGCACAGUCCAGACAGAAAGCGCAUCAAGGAUGAAAGAAGUCCUCAUUCUCUGGAUGUCAAAAUCAAACAAGAGCCAGAGGAUAAAGACGGGAAGAAAGAGAGUAAAGACAAAUCCAAAGAAAAGAAGGAAAAAACAGAUGAUGAUGAUGAUGAUGAUGACGACGAUGAUGAUGCUGAAACAAAGAGUGAGAAGAAGAAAAAGAAAAAGGAGAAGAAGUUGAAGAAAAAAGAAAAGAAAAAGAAGAAGGACAAGAAGAAGUCUGAGAAGGAUUCACCUUGAUGCUCAGAUGUGUUUUGUUGUUUCUCUUUCUUGGCUGUAUUUUUGAGCUUUUAACUAUGUUCGCAUCGGCUGUUUCACUACAUCUGAAGUCAGCGGUUCAUGGGUUUUCUCUGGUUCAAGGACGGGGGCUGUCUAAAAAUGUCAGUCAGUUGAUUAAAGGGAUCAUUCACCUAAAAAACGUCCAAUUAUUUACUCUCCCUCAAGUGCUUCCAAAUCUUUGAGUUUCUUCUGUUGAACACAAAAGAAGAUUAUUUUGAAGAAAGUUGAAAACCUGUAACCACUGACUUCCAUAUAAGAAAAACAAAUACUGUAUGGAAGUCAAUGGUGACAGAUUUCCAACCUUUUUCAAAAUAUCUUCUUUUGUGUUCAACAAAAUAAACUCAUAAAGGUUUAGAACAAGGGUGAGUAAAUGAAGAUGGAUUCUUUUGGGAUGAAUUAUUACUUUAAUGCAUCCUGCACUCCGAUAGCAGCAGAUGAAGAUUUGCUUUCAGGUAGACACCAUCAACCAGUUACAUUUAAACUCCACAGACCAUAAAUUAAAAAAAAAAAAAAACUGGCUGGAAACCUAAAUGUUCAGUUAUUCUGGUUAAUGUCCCUUAUUUCAUUGUUCUGUGAAAGGGGUUUCACCAUCCAAACAUGCCGCAGCUCGCUCUGAUGAAUGAAUCCUUUCCUCAGUUAAAAGCUCGUUUAGAUGAAAACAGAAAUAAAUGUUUUUGGAUUAGA